GAUACACUCUAUUGGAACGAUAUUUUCCUAUCUAUAUUGAGCAAUACGUAUGGCUGUCAACGUGAGAACGAAAUUGUCUUAACUUAACUGAUCUUAACAACGCUGAAGUGUACCAAACUUAACGACAUUGUCCGAUUGAUUUCACGUUCAGAGUGAAUCAAAAUUUUCUGCUACUCAAUAACACGUUUUUCUAAAUACAUUUUCAUACACACAUCUUUGAAUAGUUGUGUGAUCGGUACAUUGGUGUGUAUAGUGCGUGAGCAAUUGGUGGUAACGUUGAAUCAUCAAAAGCAAUUGUCAAUCUGAUCUCAUCAGACACAAGAUUUAUCAUUAUGUGCGCGAAAAUGGCUUUUCAGCAUCAAGCUGGCACUGCUAUGGAAUGUUUAAGCAUACCAAUUAUAUUGGUAAAAGAAACGGAUGUUAAUGAAAAUGGGGAAGAAGUGAUGAAGUGUGGCUUUAAAAUUGGAGGUGGAAUUGAUCAAGAUUUCAGAAAAAGUCCUCAGGGUUAUACAGAUAAUGGUAUAUAUGUAACUGAAGUACAUGAAGGGUCACCAGCAGCAAAGAGCGGUCUUCGUAUGCAUGAUAAAAUUUUACAGUGCAAUGGGUAUGAUUUUACAAUGGUAACUCAUAAAAAAGCAGUAUCAUAUAUCAGAAAGCAUCCAGUAUUAAAUCUAUUAGUAGCCCGUAAGGGAGUGACAAGUACUUAAAUACCAAAUAAGAGAUCUAUUUGGUCUAAGAAGAAUAUUUAUUUCGCUCUAUACAAUAACAAAGUCAAUUUAUUGGAGCUAUAUGUCUGCCAAAUAUUGUAUUAGAUUAUGACCAGUAGUAAGAUAUCUUUGAAUUAGUUUUCACAAAAUGAUUAAAUACUUUGUAUUUUAAUUUCUAUUUUUAAAACAUAUUUGUAAUAAUUAUUUACGAUUCCAAUUAUAAUAGGGGCAUAAUGUUAAUUGAUGCACACUCACUGAUUGUUAUGGUUACAUUGCAGGCAUAAUAUCAGUUUCUAAUUGCAAUAAAAAUAGAGCAUUAGAACAAUAGAUAUAUAUGUAUAAAGGUCCUGUUAUGGUUCGUUAUUGUUGUUGAAAAAAAUGUGAUUGUAUGGGAAUGUUUUUCUGAUAAUGGCUAAUGAUGCUAUCAUUCAUGUAAAAUUAUGCUUAAAAAGCGUGAUUUAGAUGCGCCUGCGUAAAAAUCGUACUAUAUAAUGUUUAUUGUAUAUCAAAAUUUGCAACAAUAUUCCUUGUGCCAAACAGUAACUGCUGCGCUGGGUCCAUAUGAAUAUUUCUUAACACUAUGUAUAUAUUUACAUACAAAAAGAAGUUUUAUUUGACAAGAAAGUGAAGCGUAUUUCCUGAUUGGUUUUUUAACAAAAGAAAUAAUUAUAUGGAUGAGAAAGUCAUUUUAAUUUUUUAAGUAUUUCUUUAUUGUAAAAUAUAUAACAGAAUGCCAAAGCAUAAUGAAGUUACAGUAGCUUAGAUAUGCAACAUACCUUUACAAAAUUUUGUAUUUCUAGUAUAUCAAUAUAUUACUGUAAGAUUCGUAUGAAAUAUUUCGAAUUUAUGCAUUUAAAAUACUCUACAGUGACUGAACAAUCAUACAAUAUUCAUUGUUUUGAUACCAUUAAAAAGGUAUAUCUAAUUUACACAAAUAAGUAUUGUAUAUUACAUGCAACCACUGCAUUUAUAAGCAUUUACAGAAUAUUUUCUGUUAUUGGCGCAAAGAGAAGAAUCAUUGAGACUGUACACUUUGAGACCAAUAGAAGUAUUAAACUUUGUAUUUUAUAAACUUUUUACUUUUAUCAAUAAUGAAUGCAUUUGUGUAAAGAUUUACAUGUAAACAACGGCAACACAGUUUCGUGUUUUUUACCUUACAUUGGCUAAAAAUGUACAAUAAGUGAAACAAAAAGGAGAAAGUUCCUGUAACGAUA